AUGUCUCUGACCAAGGCUGAGAGGAACAUCAUCCUGUCCAUGUGGGGCAAGAUCUCCACUCAGGCGGAUGCCAUUGGCACCCAGGCCCUGGAGAGGCUCUUCGCCAGCUACCCCCAGACCAAGACCUACUUCCCCCACUUCGACCUGCACCCGGGCUCCGCGCACCUGCGCACGCACGGCGCCAAGGUGGUGGCCGCCCUGGGCGACGCCAUCAAGAGCAUCGACAACAUCUCGGGCGCCCUGGCCAAGCUGAGUGAGCUGCACGCCUACGUCCUGCGCGUGGACCCGGUCAACUUCAAGCUCCUGUCCCACUGUCUGCUGGUCACUGUGGCCUCGCAUUUCCCCGCCGACUUCACGGCGGACGCCCACACCGCGUGGGACAAGUUCCUGUCCAUCGUGUCCUGCAUCCUGACCGAGAAGUACCGCUGAGCGCGGCCUCCAGACCGAGGGGCUGCGACCCGUUCCCUGCCCUUGAAC